AUGUACUCAUGUUGUCCCGAGCCUCUAGAUUUACGGAUAGACAGCAAGAAGAGAGUACGGGAAGAUGACAGCUCUCAGAUUUACUACAAAGAUGGUUAUGGAAGUUAUUCAACUGAAUGUGCCUCAUAUCCCCAAUUCUUUCCUAGUGGAAAUUGCUCAUUGGCCCCAUGUACAGUUAAACAAAGUUUGGACCUGCAGCAUCUGUCCAUCAGACAGGGAUCACCAAUCUCAGAUGAAGGUUUUGAUGAGCCAAGUAUACCUGAAGAAACACUGCCACGGUUUUUAAACAUCCAGCAGUAUACAGAUUCCGACAGAGACUCACAUAGCUGUCGCAGCAUCUCUUCGAGCCCUAAAGACAGGAGGACAAUAGGCGGGGAAGUAGUGCCAUCUCAUGAGAAAGAAAGGAGAAAACCAGGUCGUAAACCAGGACAAGUGUCUAAUGUUCUUCAUCUGUGGGAGUUCAUGAGAGACCUUUUGCACACUGCAGAUGGCAGGGGAAUUAUUGAGUGGAUCUCCAGACAAGAUGGUGUCUUCAGGGUGGUCAACUCAUCUGAAGUUGCUCGUUUGUGGGGUGAGAAGAAGAAGAACAAGAAACAGAUGACGUAUGAAAAACUCAGUAGAUCACUAAGGUAUUCAAGAUUGGAAGGUUACUUCGCAGACCUUCCUAAAGACAAAAACUACCCUAAAAAACUCUGUUUCAAGUUUGGAUCAAAAGCAAAAAAUUGGCGGUAG